UUAUUAUUAUUAUUAUGCCACAAACGUCAUCUUUUUUCCAAGUCUCGCGACAACAUACCUGAGCGGGUUUGCUGGCAGUGACACCUGAGGCUCAGGACUGGAGCAGGAGACCGGGGUCAAGAGGCGACUUGAGAAUGUCUCUGAAUGAAGAGGGUUAUGUGGUUCGGAUCCGAGGACUGCCCUGGUCCUGCACGCAGGAAGAGGUUGCCAGUUUCUUCUCUGACUGUGACAUUGUUGGGAAAGUAAAUGGAGUGUGUUUCACCUACUCUAAAGAAGGCCGUCCCAGUGGAGAGGCGUUUAUUGAACUGAAAACGGCAGAGGAUUUUAAGAAUGCCCUUGCCAAAGACCGUAAAUACAUGGGACACCGAUACAUAGAGGUGUUCAAGUCAAACCGCAGUGAGAUGGACUGGGUGCUGAAACGUAGUGGCCCUGCUGACUAUGACAGCUGCAGUGGCUGCAUGCUGAGACUUAGAGGCCUUCCUUUUGGUUGCAGCAAAGAGGAGAUUGUUCAGUUCUUCUCAGGGUUGAGAAUCGUGCCAAAUGGGAUUACUCUGCCAGUGGACUACCAGGGGAGGAGCACAGGGGAAGCCUUCGUGCAGUUUGCUUCAAAGGAGAUAGCAGAAAAGGCUCUGGGGAAACACAAGGAAAGAAUAGGGCACAGGUAUAUAGAGAUUUUUAAGAGCAGUCGUAAUGAGAUCAGAGCCUACUAUGAGCUGCCUCGGCGGGGGAUGGGAGGCCAGAGACCAGGGCCCUACGAUAGACCUGUUAUGGGGGGCCCCAGAGGAGGUUUUUUUGGGCCUGGGCCUGGCCGUGGUGGGGCUCUGAUGGACACCAUGAGGAGUGGAGGGGGCUAUGGAGGAGGUUACAGUGGCUUUGACAGCUACAAUGGUUUCAACAACUACUGCUUUGGCAACGGCAUGUUUGAUGAACGAGUGAGAGGAGAGAGGGGAGGAAGAGGCUCAGGGAUGGGAGGCCACGGUUACAGCAGUCAGAAUGAUAGUUGUUCAGGCUUCCACAGUGGCCAUUUUGUCCAUAUGAGGGGUUUACCUUUCCGUGCCACAGAGGGAGACGUUGCCAAAUUCUUCGCUCCUUUGAAUCCACUGAGGGUCCACAUUGACGUGGCUCUUAACGGCAAGUCGACUGGAGAAGCAGAUGUGGAGUUUCGCUCCCAUGAAGACGCUGUGGCAGCCAUGUCCAAAGACAAGAACCACAUGCAGCACCGCUAUAUUGAGCUGUUCCUCAACUCAACAGCCAGUGGAGCAGCUGAAAUGAGUCGUGGUGGCGGUGGUUACUAUGGUAACUCAGGAGGGGGCGGAAGCUCACGGAGCAGCGGGCUACGAAGUGCAUACUGAUGAUGUCAUCCCACUUCCAAUCCAUCCUGACGUUUGUCUGCCGUCUUCAUAGGCCACAUUUACUCGAGUGCUGUUUCUAAGCUGGAGAGCUGAUCUGAAAGUCUCUCAGUUGUUGUGUAAGAGUUGUACUUUUUGUGGGCUUGUAUUAAAACUUCAUGUCAGAUAGUAGAGUAGACCGGAUGUGACCUUAACAAGCACUCUUACUACACCAUUCCUAAAGGCAUAUGAAGAACAAAACAACUUAACAUCAAAAUGUUGGAGCUCUUGCAGGUGCUGAACACGUUUGAUCAGUCAUUUUGGAGAUUUCUUGUUUCUUACAUGCUCAAAAACAGUUGGAUAAUGUAAUAUAGUUUUUCAUGGUUCAUAUGAACAGUACAUAUUCUCUGGUGAUCUGUUUUACACCAAUCCAUUUUUUCAGAGAUUUAAAUUACAUUUAAAGAGCCAUAACUAUGGUACAAUUUCUAGUGACUUUGUUUGGAUGCACUUUAAUUUGUCUUGCUUCACAUCUCACUGUUGGCAGGAGAAGCAAGUCAGUGGAGAUGCAGCGUGAUGACAGAGCUUCAUAGGCCACAGAUUAACAGCUGUGGGAUAUGAUACGUAAGAAAAAGAAUAAUUUGAAUGGCACCGCUCUGUUUGGACCGAGCAUGGUCACUGUGCUUUGACUUGGAUGACGUGUUGAAGUGAAAAAUGUUCUUUAGGAGGUGGAGCAGUGAUGCAACAACAGAGCAUUACAAAGCAGCUCUUUGUAAGAAAUUCAGAUCAGACUUUUCUAAAAUCUUUGUUCAUUUCGCUUUACAUGUAUUUUCAGCAGAACAUUUGGACAUCCUGUAAUACACUGAUUUAAACUGCAUUUCACAUUAGCUUUCCUGCUUGAAAAGUUUGAUAAAUGUGAGCCAGUGUGUUUUUUAUGAAUGUUUUCACAGUUCAUUACAGAAUUUAAAAUUAAGUUGAAUAUUAUAUUCCACUCUCAAAGAGUGGAAGUACAAUAAAGCCUCUAUAUUUGAGCUGUAAUAUAGCUUAUGUUGUACAUUUUGCCUAAUAAAUUUUAUAUUUAAUUCU